GCUCCCUUCGCUCUGAGGCGUCGACCGACCACCAGAGCGAGGUAGGGUAGGGCAGCUGAGCAGGGCGAGGCGACGAGAGCUGUCGGCCCAGCCUCCAGGCAAGCGGCGGAGAGGCGCCGGCGGCAGUGAGCCUGAAGGGGGCUCCUUGGAGGAGCGGCGGGUGGAGCGGUCGGAGUCUAGGAGGAGGAGGCGGCGGCGCGGAGGAAACUUUCGCCCACUACUCGAUCGGGUUAGGUCUUUUCAUCACCAUCACCUUAUGGAAGCGACUGCAAUCUACGAUACUCGGCUUGGGACCUGGGUUAUGUUGUCUGAUGGAGAAGAUUCGACAAGUGCGGUCUUCGAUCGGCUCUUGUCACAUGUGUUUAGGUUGUAUCGAGGGGUGGAGAGCGUUCUCUGUGUUGGAGCAGCCUUCGGUUUGUGCUGGGCAGCUUGGAGGUACUACGAGCGCAACUCGUGCCUGCGCAGCUACGGCCGUGACAUGACCUGCAGCAAGCAGGCAGCCAACCCGGUGGUCGGCCGCGACAGUGAGAUUGACCGCGUCGUCUCCAUCCUCUGCCGCAAGACCAAGAACUGUGCCGCGCUGGUCGGUGCUGCAGGAGUCGGCAAGACGGCCAUCGCUGAGGGCCUUGCACAGCGCAUCGCUGCCGGGAAGGUCCCUGCGGCACUCGCCGGGGCACGCGUCGUGGAGGUUGAUCUCGCGGCAAUGGUUUCUGGGACUCUGUUCCGUGGCAUGUUCGAGGAACGCAUAAAAAGCGUGAUAAAGCAGGCGGAGGACUCAGGUGGCAAGAUAGUUCUCUUCAUCGACGAGAUGCACAUGCUUCUUGGUGCCGGUGAUGGAUUGGGGGGAUGCCAAGACGCUGCCAAUAUGCUCAAGCCAGCGUUGGCCCGUGGUCGUAUCCGUUGUGUGGGUGCGACGACUUUUGAUGAUUAUCGCAAGUACAUUGAGAAGGAUGCUGCGCUCGAGCGGCGGUUCCAGAAGGUGCACGUUGAGGAGCCAAGCAUGCAGGACACCAUUGCCAUGCUGCGGGCUCUAAAGCAGCAGUAUGAACAGCACCACGGCUUAGAAAUCCAAGAUGCUGCUCUUGUUGCCGCUGCACAGCUCGCUGGCCGCUACAUCACCGGUCGUCAAUUUCCUGACAAGGCAAUUGACCUGAUUGAUGAGGCUUGUGCCACGGCAACCAAAACGAUGAUGCCAGUUGGCGACCAAGAAGUGAAUGUGAACACUGUGCAGAGUACCUCUAAAAAUGCAGCCAAGGAGGCAAUUGUUUCCCCAAAUCAUGUUGCGCAAGUUGUGAGCCAAUGGACUGGAAUUCCUGUCGCUGCGCUUGACCAAGAGGAGAAGCAUAGACUAAUCCACCUACCAAGCAGACUACGCGAGCGAGUUGUUGGCCAGGAUGAAGCCGUAAAUCUGGUUGCGCAAGCAGUGUUACGUUCCAGGGCCGGCUUUGGUCAGCCUGGCCAACCCAUAGACUCUUUCCUCUUCUUAGGCUCGACUGGUGUUGGAAAGACAGAGCUUGCAAAAGCUCUAGCGGAGCAGCUAUUUGACAGCGAGAAGAUGCUGGUUCGCUUUUACAUGUCUGAAUUUGUUGACAGGGGAUCUGUGCUGCGUCUCAUCGGAGCCCCUCCAAGCUACAAUGGCCAUGAAGACGGUGGACAGCUGACGGAGAAAAUCAGGAGACGCCCAUACAGUGUUAUCCUUUUUGAUGAGGUGGAGAAGGCAGAUCCGUCGGUGUUGAACCUUUUCGUGCAACUUCUGGAUGAUGGUGUGUUGACGGAUGGGAAAGGCCGGACCGUGGAUUUCAAGAAUACCAUCAUCAUCAUGACCUCAAAUCUAGGAGCGGAGCAUCUAACAGCUGGAAUGGCUGGAAACGGCACGAUGGAAGCUGCACGGGACCUUGUGAUGCAUCAGGUGCAGAAACACUUCAAACCUGAGCUUUGCAACAGGAUGAGUGAGAUUGUGAUAUUUGAGCCGCUUUCGCGCGACAAACUGAAGGAGAUUGUGAAAAUCCAGAUGAAGAGGAUUGUCGCCAGAGUCGCUAGCAAGGGCAUUUGUCUAUCUGCGAGCGAUGCCGCGUUGGAGGUGGUUUUGUCGGAAUCGUACAGCCCAAUGUAUGGCGCAAGGCCUGUAAAGAGGUGGUUGCUGAAGAAUGUGAUGACUGAUCUCUCUGAGAUGCUAGUCAAUGGACAUGUCGUGGAAGGCUCCUCAAUCUCCAUUGAUGCUGUCGAUGACGGGAGGCUCAAAUUUGAAGUGGUGAAGGUGUCAUGAUAUUGUUUUGGCCAGUCGUUUUAGAAGUAACAGGGCUUUGUUGACAAUUAAAUGCAGGAGCCUAGGUCCAAUAGCUGCAUCUGAGAUUUAGUUUAUUUUGCUUGUGCUUCUGAAUUCUGAUGAUAACUUGGAAAAGUGUGUCUGUUGUGGAAUCCCUGAUUACCAGACUUGCUAUCCUGAGCAACUGGAACUAGGUCUCCAAAUAACUCAUACUGGCUUUAGAACUAAAAAACUAGGAUACUUAUUAUGCAUUGCAGAGAUUAGUCCUUGUGAAAGGUGCUUUCCAUACAA